AUGUACCUCCCCUGGUACACCCUGACAACGGAAGGCACCUGGUGGUACGACUACACCACGCGCAGGCAGCGCAUCGACCGCCGGAACGGGCUGGGGGAUCGAUACUGCGGCUCCGCGCUGCCUCUGAGGGCCACGCCAUGCACCCAGGUGGUGCGGGACUCGUGGCGCUAUCUCGUCUUCCCCCAGGCCAAGUACUGCUGCCGCUGCUGCUCUGCGGCCAAUGGGUGUGACGUGGUGCGCCCUGAUUGGCUGGCCGAUGCCACGUAUCUGGGCCGGGACUACGUGGACGACGUGCCCUCUACCAAAUGGAAGCAGCAGGGGUUACAGAACAACUACUACUGGCAUUCAGAGGACGAUGUCCCCAUGCGAAUUUACAUGGAGCCUUUGGAGCAAAUGACCUUCUCCCACGCCUCGUUCAAGAAGCCACACCACUUUCCCAACGCCACCUUCGAUCUACCUUCAGACAUGGAUUGUUCCCAACUCUGCUACGGCUUCUGUGCUCUGGUCCGACAAACAACGCCCUAA